AUGCCCUCCGCCAACUUCGAAGCCGCUGCCAAAGCUGUCAAGCAGCUCAAAGCGAAGCCAUCGCAAGAUGAACUUCUGCAGCUCUACGCAUUAUACAAACAAGCGACUCAGAACCCGAAAUUCGAAUCCGCAGACAAACCAGGCACCUUUGACUUUACGGGCAAAGCCAAGUACAGAGCAUGGGAGAAUGUCGUCAAAGAGGGUAUUACCCCGGCCGACGCAGAGAAGAAAUACAUUGCGUUGGUCGCGGAGCUGAAGCAGAAACAUGGCUAUGAUCCUAGCAAGACGCCAGAGACAGUUGGGUCAUAG